GAAUUCCUACACUUUCGUUGUUUACGUUCCAGCAGUGCAGUGCGGUAGCGCAAUCCCUGCACAGGCGUGCGUGCAUGCUAAGUAUUAAGUAGCAGACAUCGCGUUGUCUUUGCCUGCAUAUUUAUCAACAGAAAACAAAGGGAGCCUCGCCUGCAUAAAAUACUGUCUGCAGGAUGGAAUCCAGCAGAAUCACCAUGGAAUCCAAGGCAGCUGCUUCCAACAUGCUAAAUGCUCUCCAUUCUCUGUACCAGUUUGGUUACCUCUGUGACGUGACUGUCCAGACAAUACAACAGGGGGUCCAUGAAGAGUUUUCCGCCCACAAAGCUGUCCUAGCUGCUUCCAGCAAUUAUUUCCGGGAACUUUUUGUCAGUGAGGAGCUGUCAGUCGCUAAAUCGCCCACAGUAACCCUGCAGGACAUCUAUACAGAAGACUUCACUAGCUUCCUUGAAUUUGUCUACACUGCAAGAGUGGAGAUCCAGCAAGAAAAGCUACAGAGGUUGAAAGAAGUGGCUGAGAAACUGGACUGCAAAGAUCUGUUGGAGGUUUGCAAUGGUUUCACAGUCAGUGAGAGACAGGAUUCAAAGCUAGCAUCCUCGUCUAGAGCAAUGACAUUGAGGAGUAAAAGCCCUUGCUUAGAUCAGACUUCAAAAAUAAAGUCCUCAGCUAUAAAAUCUAUACUAUGUGACCAAACCCCAAAAAAGAGUAUGCAGCAGAUUAAACCAAAACCCAAACUCAGGAAAGAAGCACCUACAAAAGAGAUAGGUGAGGAUGGUGCCUCUAGCAAUACUAUGACUUCUGUGACAAAGUCAUCUGACCAGAAUCAAUCAAAGACAGAAGAAUCUAAGGAUGAUGAGGAUGUGGAUAACGAUGGUGGGGAUGCUGGUGAAUCUGAUCAAAAUAAAAUGGGCUGCAUAAAAUGGAUGACCCCCUUGGACUUGAACACCCGUAUAGUUAUAAGGAAGGUCCCUGAGGUAAAAGAAGAGGACUGUGAAGGGAACACCAGUCUACGAAGGUCCCUUAGGAAUGCCUCAAGUUGGCUGAAGGAGACUUAUACCUGUGACAAAUGCAAUGAGACAUUUAAGACAGUGAACAAGUAUCAGGCACACAUGGGCAAAGAGCAUGGUGUUAAUGUUGUGGUCAAGUACAGCUGUGACUUGUGCACCCAGCUCUUUACUAACCAUCAAAACCUCAGGCAGCACAGACUAACUGUCCACAACGAUGAGCGACGCUAUUCUUGCAAGUUGUGUGACAAGAGGUUCAAACGCCAAAAGGACAUUAACGACCACAUCAGAAACGUGCACGAGAAGAAGCGGUCUCCGCAGGCUUGCCCCUAUUGUGAUAAGAUUAUCAGUUCUAAAGGUGGCCUUACUGUACAUAUCCGAAUACACACAGGAGAAAAGCCGUACAAAUGUCCGGACUGUCCAGCAAGCUUUGCCCAGAAGUCCUCUUUCAACACCCAUGUGAGAAACAUGCACUUGUCUGGUAUAGAGAGGAAGCCUAGACCUGUAUACUGGAAGCUUGUUCCACCAAAUGAGGACUCUUUUUUCGACAAGGAACUCAGUAGUAACGGCCCCACCUGUAACCCAGUGGAUGGAAACUUAAAAGCAAACUGCAAUAAAGAAAGGAAAAAUGUUGAAGAGCAGAAAUGCUUGCUGAACAAUGUAGAACAAAAUAAUGUUGGGGAGAAGAGCAGCUUGCCUUUUAAUAAAGAAUCAAAUGAUAAAAAGCUAGUAAGCUCACCCAGUACAGAAAAACUGGAAAAUGAAGAUGAUGAAAAGGACAGGGUAGGAGAUGAUUCAGGAGAGCUGAAUGAAAAUGGUGUAAAGAGCGAUGGAGGAAGCAGCCAAGUAGAAGUUGAAGAAACAGAUGAGGAAGAUGAAUAUGAAGCAGACGAAGCCUCCGGUGGCGAUUCUGAACACGAGGAGGAAUUGAAGGAUGUGAAAGGCAGUCAAGUGAAAAGAAAAGGCAGGGGCACGAAACUAGGAGCUGGCACGGUCCUCAAACCCAAAGGGGAGCGUUAUGUUAUCAGGUGCGAUAAGUGUGACAAGCAGUUCACCUUUCGGAAGAAGUUUGUGGCCCACUACGAAGAGGCACAUCAAUCCCAUCCAGAAAAGUUCUACAAGUGCGACACCUGUGGCAAGGCGUUUGCCAACUACAGCUGCUGGAAGGAGCACCGGGCCUGUGUGCACUCCGAUGAGAGACAGUUUGCCUGCACCCUCUGCAAUGCCACCUUCAAGCGAAAGCGGGACGUCCGUGCGCACUACCUACGCAGACAUGAGGGUCGGUACAAGCGUCCUCUGUGCUCCGUCUGUGGCAAGAUCCUGAGCUCCAGGACCGCCCUGGUGUUCCACAUGAGGACCCACACUGGAGAGAAACCCUACCAGUGCUCUGUGUGCAACGGAAGGUUCGCCCAGCCAUCACAGCUCAAGCUUCACGUAAGGUCCCACACUGGAGAGAAGCCUUAUAUCUGUGAAGUGUGUGGCUGUUGUUUUUCUGGCAAAGGCAAAUUAGACAUUCACCGAAGGACACACACAGGCGAGCGGCUGUACAAAUGUGAUAUGUGUGAAAAGAACUUUUCUACUAAGCAAUACCUGAAGUGCCACAAGCGAUGUCACCUGGGAGCCAAGCCUUUCAAGUGCGAAGUCUGUGGGAAAACAUUUGGCCUUCGAGCAUCUUUAGCUCAGCACAGUAAGGUGCAUGCAGAAACCCGUCCAUAUUUCUGUGACCAGUGUGGGAAGACAUUCACCCAGCAGGGGGCUCUGCGCCGUCACCAGAGAAUUCACACUGGGGAGAAGCCUUACAAAUGCAAAGCCUGUGACCGGACUUUCACUGACAUGUCCACUUUGAGAAGACACGUUGCGGUUCAUGAUCGGAAGGCAGAUUGGAGGAGCUAUGCAAUUGAUCUCACUACCAAGAAAGAUCACAAUUGGUCCAAGAUAGAAACAUUAGGAGGGGCAUGUAUUGAUGAUAGCCCAGUGAAUCACGAUUUUACUGAUAUGCUUGAGCAAGCGCAUCAAGAACUGGAAAAACACAAAGUGAGAAAAGGGAGUGCGAUUCCCCAUGUUAGUUCUUAAAAUGCAUAACGAAGAAAGGGAUUUGUAAUAUUUGCGUGUUUAGUAUUUAGUUUAGUAAAAGUGUUUUAAUGGCACAUUUUUUUCUGCCCGAUUUAUGUGCCCGUAGAAACAAACAUUGGCAAAAUAAGUGCUGCCACUAUAUGAAUGUUUACGUAAAGGAUAUAGAGGAUAAGGUGCCAUAAUGGUAUACAUUUUUACAAUUCCCAAUCAUUGCCUUCUAUGAGAAUGCAGUCAUGCAGCUUUAAAUCAGAACACUAAAAAAAAGAAUAAGUGUGGCGGUACUGUAGAAACAUUUUUUUUGUGCUGGCAUAUCAAGACAUUACAGAACAAGAGCGUGGUAUAACAGUAUGCUUUUUUUUUCAAUUCAUGUAAAUUUACAUUUACAUAUAUACAGUGCCUAUAGAAAGUCUACACCCCCUUUCAAAAUUUUCACCUUUUGUUGCCUUAUAGCAGGGGUGGGCAAAGUUUUAGGACUGAGGGCCACAUCAGGGUAUGGAAAUUGUAUGGCGAGCCAUAUAAAUGUAUACUUAACAAACAAACCAAUCAUGUUCAAACAGACACAAAACAAUUUUGUGGUAAAAUCAUCAUAAAAUAGCAUCAUUGAGUUGUCUUUUGAUUUUACGUGCUCAGUUAUGUUGCCCCUGUCUCAACACAAAUUAUGUGCAUCGCUCACAAUUCUCAGUGUACUGCACUACAUACGUUUGGUAGUUUUCCUGUUUAUUGCUAUAAUGAGCAAUGUUGUUGUUAAUUGAUUUAACUCUGAAGAACAGGUAUUAAAAUAAAGAUAGAUAUUGGGGGAAACAUACGACCUUAUUAUUAUUAUAGAUAUAUCAUCAUAAAAAUGCAUUACAAGAAAAAAGGAAACAAAACAUACCCCCUUUUUUCCGCUCUCUU